AUGAGCGAAGGGGUCGCCGCGCCGCCGGGUGCUGCUGCAGCUGCUGCCGAGGCCGGGGCGGCGGCGGGGGGUCCGGCGGCGGGCGAUGGGGGCCCCGAUCCGGCGGCGGCGGCGGCGGCGGCCCGCGAGGUGCGCUGCAGCGACUGCAUCGUCUGGAACCGCCAGCAGACGUGGCUGUGCGUCGUGCCCCUCUUCAUCGGCUUCGUCGGCCUGGGGCUCAGCCUGAUGCUCCUCAAGUGGAUCGUGGUGGGCUCCGUCAAGGAGUACGUGCCCACCGAGCUGAUGGAUUCCAAGGGCAUCGAGCAGGACCCCUUCUUCCUCUCCAAGCCCUCCGCCCUGCCCAAGAGCAUGGAGACGACCACCACCACCACCACUACCACGACGGCCGGCGCCGCCGCCACGUCCAGGACCCCUAACCGGAUCAGCACCCGUCUCACCACCAUGACCAAGGCGCCCACUCGCUUCCCGGGCACGCGGGGCCCCAUCCGGGCCGGGCCCCCGCGCUCCACCACGGCGCGACACACCGUGGGGCCCCCCACCGUCCAGGCCACCGCCGCCACCGCCGCCGCCGCCCCUCGGGGCACCACCCUCCUGAUCUCCCGCCCGGCGCCUGGCACCCCGGGGACUCAGCCCCUGCCCCUCUGGCCCACUGCGGCAUACACUACCUCCUCCUACAAGACCUAUCUGCAGGACUCGGCGCCCUCCUGGACCUUAUCGCCCUUCCAAGAGGCCGGCUCCAGCUCCACCACCACCACCGCCGCUCCGGAGGCCCACACCAGCCAGGGGUACCCCGAGGCCCCCCCCUGCUCGCCGCUCUGCCCGCUUCCCUCCCAUCGGCGGCAACGGCGGCUUCCCCCCUGGCUCCGAGCCCCACAGCCUGGAGAGGGAGCCCGCCCCGCUCCUCAAGAGCGCCGUCCAGCCGGCCCUCCUGGUCUCCUGCGCUCUCCUGCUGUGCUUGUGGGUGCGGAGACGCUGCUGGGCAACGUGCUGCAGCUGGGCCGCCUGCCUCACCUCACCUUCUGUGAGCUGGCGCGGCGCUACAGGGACGUCUUCCAACUGCGCCUGGGCAUGCGCGCCAUCGUGGUGUUGAACGGCGAGGCGGCCAUCCGGCAGGUGCUGGUGCAGCAGAGUGGGCUCUUCGCUGGGAGGCCCAACUUCCCUUCCUUCCGCCUAAUGUCGGGUGGCAAGAGCAUGGCCUUUGGGCGCUACCCCGAGCGCUGGCGGGCGCAGCGGCGGGUGGCCCACGCCACACUGCGUGCCUUCUCGACGGCCAAGACGCCCGGCAAGCUGCUCUUCGAGCAGCACGUGGUGGCCCUCGCCGCUCUG